UUGACUGCUCGGCGGUCCUGUGGCCGAGAGGAAACAGCGCGGAUGCUGUAUUCCUGGGCCCAGGCGGUGAGGGAGCCGAGGGUAAAGGGGCUGGGCCGUCCGCGACUCCCGAGGACCUGAGUUAGCCGCGGCGGCGCCCGGGGCUUCACCUGGCUCCAGGGUGCAACAGCUGCCGGAGGGAAGGAGCGACAACCCGAGGCGCCUUCUCCCUUUGUGUCCCGGGUGGGGUCCACCCAGAGGACGGCCUGCUGGCCAGGCCUCACCUCGGCACCCAAGGACUCGCCCUGGCGCUCCGGGGCCACGGGGGUAACGCCUGCCUCUCCGAAGGUCGGAGCUCCCCGGGGCUGCAGAGGCCCGGACUUGCCUGAACCCCGAUUUUCUUUACGAUAACCCCUUUGUCUGUUGCUCCCCCCACGACUGCUCUUCCGAGUAAGACCUCGGCGAAAAGCUUUGGCUCAUGGUUGGCAGCUCAAGAAAGAAAACUAAGGAAGGAUGGAUGCAAAAGCUCGAAAUUGUUUGCUUCAACAUCGAGAAGCCCUGGAACAGGACAUCAAAACAUCCUACAUCAUGGAUCACAUGAUUAGUGAUGGAGUUUUAACAGUAUCCGAGGAAGAAAAAGUUAAAAAUGAGCCCACUCAACAGCAACGAGCAGCUAUGCUCAUUAAAACGAUACUUAAAAAGGACAAUCAUUCCUACAUAUCCUUCUACAAUGCUCUACUACACGAAGGCUAUAAAGAUCUUGCGGCCCUCCUGCACAGUGGUGUUCCUGCUGUCUCUUCUUCCAAUGGCAAAGAUUCAGCUGGUGGAAUAACUUCAUAUGUGAGGACAGUCCUGUGUGAAGGUGGAGUACCACAGAGGCCGGUUGUUUUUGUUACUAGGAAGAAGCUGGUGAAUGCUAUUCAGCAGAAACUCUACAAACUGAAUGGUGAACCAGGAUGGGUCACCAUCUAUGGGAUGGCAGGUUGUGGAAAGUCUGUAUUAGCCGCAGAAGCUGUUCGAGAUCAUUCCCUCCUACAAAGUUGUUUCCCAGGGGGUGUAAAUUGGGUUUCAGUUGGGAAACAAGAUAAAUCUGGGCUUCUGAUGAAACUGCAGAAUCUUUGCACACGGUUGGAUCAGGAUGAGAGUUUCUCCCAGAGGCUUCCGCUUAAUAUUGAAGAAGCUAAAGACCGUCUUAGAAUUCUGAUGCUGCGCAAACAUCCAAGGUCUCUGUUGAUCUUGGAUGAUGUUUGGGACCCUUGGGUGUUGAAAGCUUUUGACAAUCAGUGUCAGAUUCUUCUUACAACCAGAGACAAGAGUGUUACAGAUUCAGUAAUGGGUCCUAAAUAUGUAGUGCCUGUGGAAAGUAGUUUAGGAAAAGAAAAAGGACUUGAAAUUUUGUCCCUCUUUGUUAAUAUGAAGAAAGCAGAUUUGCCAGAACAAGCUCACAGUAUUAUAAAAGAAUGCAAAGGUUCUCCUCUUGUAGUAUCUUUAAUUGGUGCAUUGCUACGUGAUUUUCCCAACCGCUGGGAGUACUACCUCAGACAACUUCAGAAUAAGCAGUUUAAGAGAAUAAGGAAAUCUUCAUUUUAUGACUAUGAGGCUCUGGAUGAAGCCAUGUCUAUAAGUGUUGAAAUGCUCAGAGAAGACAUAAAAGGUUAUUACACAGAUCUCUCCAUUCUUCAGAAGGAUGUUAAGGUGCCUACAAAGGUGUUAUGUAUUCUCUGGGACAUGGAAACUGAAGAAGUUGAAGACAUAUUGCAAGAGUUUGUUAAUAAGUCUCUCUUAUUCUGUGAUCGAAAUGGAAAGUCAUUUCAUUAUUAUUUACAUGAUCUUCAAGUAGAUUUCCUUACAGAGAAGAAUCGUAACCAACUUCAGGAUCUGCAUAAGAAGAUGAUCACUCAGUUCCAGAGACAUCAUCAACCACAUACGCUUUCCCCAGAUCAGGAGGACUGCAUGUAUUGGUACAAUUUUCUGGCCUAUCACAUGGCCAAUGCCAAUAUGCACAAAGAACUUUGUGCUUUAAUGUUUUCCCUGGAUUGGAUUAAAGCGAAAACAGAACUUGUAGGCCCUGCUCAUCUGAUUCAUGAAUUUGUGGAAUAUAGUCAUAUAUUAGAUGAAAAGUGCAGUGCAGUGUGUGAGAAUUUCCAGGAGUUUUUGUCUUUGAAUGGACACCUCCUUGGACGACAGCCAUUUCCUAAUAUUGUACAAUUGGGUCUCUGUGAACCGGAAACCUCAGAAGUUUAUCGGCAAGCUAAGCUGCAGGCCAAGCAGGAGGUCGAUAAUGGAAUGCUUUACCUGGAAUGGAUAAACAAAAAAAACAUCAAGAAUCUGUCCCGCUUAGUUGUCCGCCCCCAUACAGAUGCUGUUUACCAUGCUUGCUUUUCUGAGGAUGGUCAAAGAAUAGCUUCUUGUGGAGCUGAUAAAACCUUACAGGUAUUCAAAGCUGAAACAGGAGAAAAACUUCUAGAAAUCAAGGCUCAUGAAGAUGAAGUGCUUUGCUGUGCAUUCUCUGCAGAUAACAGAUUUAUAGCAACUUGCUCAGUGGAUAGAAAAGUGAAGAUCUGGAAUUCCCUGACUGGGGAGCUAGUCCACACAUAUGAGGAGCACUCGGAACAGGUCAACUGCUGCCACUUCACCAACAGCAGUCAUCACAUUCUCUUAGCCACGGGGUCAAGUGACUCCUGCCUCAAACUCUGGGACUUGAAUCAAGAAUCAUGUCGAAAUACCUUGUUUGACCACAGAAAUGCAGUUACUCACUGCAGAUUUUCGCCAGAUGACAAGUUUUUGGCUAGUUGUUCAGCUGAUGGAACGUUAAAGCUCUGGGAUGUCAAAUCAGCCAACCUGAGGAAAAGCAUUGAUGUGAAGCAGUUCUUUCUAAAUUCAGAAGAACCUCAAGAGGAUAUGGAAGUGAUAGUGAAAUGUUGCUCGUGGUCUGCCGAUGGUGCUCGAAUAAUGGUGGCAGCAAAAAAUAAAAUCUUUCUUUUUGACAUUCACACCAGGAACCUGUUGGCAGAAAUUCAUACGGGUCAUCAGAGCACUAUUCAGUACUGUGACUUCUCCCCUCAUAACCACUUGGUAAUAGUGGCUUUAUCGCAGUACUGUGUGGAGUUGUGGAAUAUGGACUCAUGUUUAAAAGUAGCUGAUUGCCGAGGACAUUUAAGUUGGGUUCAUUGUGUGAUGUUUUCUCCUGAUGGAUCAUCAUUUUUGACAUCUUCUGAUGACCAGACAAUCAGGCUCUGGGAGACAAGGAAAGUAUGUCAGAACUCUGCUACUGUCUUAAAGCAAGAAAUAGAUGUCAUGUUUCAAGAAAAUGAAGUGAUGGUUCUUGCAGCCGACAACCUAAGACAUCUGCAACUCAUUAAUGGAAAAACAGGUCAGACUGAUCAUCUAACUGAAGCCCAAGUUAGUUGCUGCUGCCUAAGUCCCCAUCUUCAGUACGUUGCACUUGGAGAUGAAGAAGGAGCCAUUAAGAUUUUAGAACCCCUAAACAACAGGACCUUUCAGUCCAGAAUUGGGCAUAAGAGCACUGUGCGGCACAUGCAGUUCACAGCUGAUGGGAAGACUCUCAUUUCUAGUGCGGAUGACCCUGUAAUUCAGGUAUGGAAUUGGCAAUCAGAGGACUAUGUCUUUCUGCAAGCCCAUCAGGAAGCAGUGAAAGACUUUAGGCUCCUGAAAAACUCAAGCCUGCUUUCUUGGUCAUUUGAUGGAACGGUGAAGGUAUGGAAUAUUAUUAAUGGGAGAAUAGAAAAAGACUUUGUCUGUCAUCAGGAUACAGUACUUUCUUGUGAUAUUUCUCCCGAUGCUACCAAAUUCUCGUCUACCUCUGCCGACAAGACGGCAAAGAUUUGGAAUUUCGAAGACUUUUCCCUUCUUCAUGAACUGAAGGACCACAAAGGCUGCGUGCGCUGCUCAGUCUUCUCUGUGGACAGUACCCUGCUGGCGACUGGAGAUGACAACGGAGAAGUCAGGAUAUGGAAUGUCUCAAACGGGAAGCUUCUUCAUUUGUGUGCUCCAAUUUCAAUAGAAGGAGGAGCUGCUACCCACGGAGGCUGGGUGACUGACCUUCGCUUUUCCCCAGAUAACAAAAUGCUUGUUUCUGCUGGAGGAUAUCUUAAGUGGUGGAAUGUUGUCACUGGGGAGUCCUCACAGACCUUCUACACAAACGGAACCAACCUGAAGAAAAUACACGUAUCCCCCGACUUCAAAACAUGUGUGACUGUUGAUAACCUUGGCAUUUUAUAUAUCUUACAGAUUUUAGAGUAAAAUAUUAAGCCUUAAUAUAGGCUGAACAUUUGAUUUUGAAUUGGAGAAGAAUUCUGAUGAAACUGUUUCAACUCUUCAUAAAACUGUGAAUUGUUCUGCAGUAUUGCAUUACAGAAGUGCUUGUGGUUGGAUGAAUGAUAUUUAAUGUAGCUUUUCCCCAAAUGAACAUACCUUAUAAUCUUGUUUUUCAUAAUCAUCAUUAUUGUUAAGUUUGUCCUAAAGAUGCAAAUGUAAAUAUGUACCUUGUUAGACUGUUGGUAAAGUUCUCUUGAUGCAUUCAACUUGGUUAACAUAAUUACAUUGAAGGAAACUAUUGUAAUACUCUCAUCGUGCAGGCCGUGCCUGGAGGCAUCAGCGGCCUGCUUGCUGAACCACGCUUCCCUCGAGGGGACAUGGUUCUCUCAGAUAUAAGCUUGGAGCUUAAUUGCACCCCCUUAAACUUGCUUUACAAAUAUUGUGACUGCACACAUUCUGCAUCAUUUUCUUUAAUUCACUCAGAACUUUUGAGAUCCAAAAUUCACAUACUUUCUGUGCAGCAAAAAUUAUGUGUGGGAAAGUGAACUGCCUUUUCCUCACUUGCAAUGGCAGCCACAGGCCAUAGGUGCUGGUGUCUGAGGGGCACUGACCUGCUUGCUCUUUUUUUUAAGCAGUUGCUCAACAGUUAAUGUUAGAAAAUCAGAAUAAUUGGAAGGUACAUUUAAUCAUGGUCAAUCAUACAUUUUAACAAUAAAAGUUUGCUAAGAAAUACAGUAAAAAAAAUCCCUUCUAAUCUCUUUUAGAUAAAUGGCAUUGUCAACAUUUUUCCUAGUAAUGCUCAAGAUAAUUGUCUAUGGUUUUUGAUGCAAUUCCAGCAACUUUGUCAUCUCUAGAAAUGUCAUUUUUAACCUUCCAAGUCUCCCUUUCCCUUUAACCUUCCCCUGCUCCCUUUCUCCUUUCCCCAACUGCCCUUUUCUCCCUCUAAGGUUGUUAAUCAGGAAAGAUAGUUUUUGACAGGGAAAAAGCACAUCAGCAUUAAUAACUUUUUUGACCUUCUGAUUAGGAACUUUAAUUGAAAUUUUAACCUAAAUGGUUUCCUUAAAAUAUAUUAAGGGAAAUGUCAAUGAAUUAACAGAUGUGGUUCAUAUAUUAAAUAUUACAAAAGUUUUUGUUUUUGCAACAGGAACUAAAUCAGUGAGUACUGGUGUUACCAGCAGCUGAGCAGUGAGCCAGUUCUGGGGGUGCAUAUUGGGGCGGGUGGGGGAAUAGGCCCUCCCGGGCAUAUUUUAGAUUAGCUGUUCCUACUUCGCAUUUGAGGGAACCAUAAAUAGUGAAUAAGAUCUUUUAUGUUUUGAAGAGUUUUUUUUUCUUUUAAUGGUGCAUUGAAGAAGCAGUUUACAGACUUACUGUCAUUUAAGCAAAUGUGAUGUGAAAAUCUUCAUUUUAUGAAAAGUUUCUGUAAAUAUUUACUGCUUAGAGUAUGUAAGUCAUAAUUUGAUUGCAGACAAUGUUUAAAAGCUCACAUCCUCUGCAGCACAGAACAUAAAGUAAUACAUUUGGGAAUUAAAAGUCACUUCACUGUUAAUUUAAAUGUUAAAGUAUAACAACAAAUGUCAAGUUUUUCAAAACCUUGACUGGCCCUUGUCUUAAAAGUUAAUUAAAAAGAAAAAUGGGAAAGACAGGCAGUGUGACAAAGCUGCACGGGCUGGGGCCUUUUUGUAAUUUGCAGGCCAACAUUUUUCUUCUCUGGUAAUUUUUUUUUUCUGUAUUGGAAAUUAAAUUGUGUUUGGAUACAUAAAGUUUUUUUUUUUAAUUGUGUGUGUGUCUUGUAUGUUUUCAACUGGUGGAUUUCAUGACAAUUUAUAGGCUAUUUUUGAUGUUAGCAUUCCUCUUUAAAAAAUGAAUUUUAAAAAUUUUAUGAAAAUAAAAUUCCU